AUGGAUGACAUAUGGGUCAUGGUAACACCCAUGGAUGACAUAUGGAUCAUGGGUCGACAUGUGAUAGUUGGUUAUAGUCUCUUGGUAACACCCAUGGAUGACACAUUGGUCAUUGGUCAAAGUGAUAGUUGCAUAGUCUCAUGUUGCAGAAUCUUGAACGAGUCAGAAAAAAUGGAAGAAAUAUACAAACAUAUAGAGGUAGAUGGAUUACGAUUUUGUCGUUGGUCUGACCAGAAACAUGCAGUUGUCAACAAAUGCAAAGAAAUGAGAAACAAAAAUAUUCUGUUCAGGGAUGGAUUGUUAUUUUUCUUGGAAGUUGAUCAUAAAGGGAUAACGAUGCUUAAAGAAAGCAUCUGCAUUGGGACAUUUGGAUUCAACAUUUGUCCUGGGAAUGAUGCUGAUGGCAGAAGGAAAACAGAGGAAGCAGGAAGCUUUGGGCAUGUUGAACAAAGCUUAUUGCAAAACAAAAGGUACUUGGAAUCUUAG